AUGCCUGUGUUCUUUAAAACACUUCGAACUCACUGGAAGAAAACCACGGCCGGGGUCUGCCUGCUGACCUGGGGGGGCCACUGGCUCUAUGGAAAACACUGCGACAACCUGCUCCGGAGGGCGGCCUGCCAGGAAGCCCAGGUGUUUGGCAACCAGCUCAUUCCGCCCAACGCACAAGUGAAGAAGGCCACCGUCUUCCUCAACCCCGCAGCGUGCAAAGGAAAAGCCAGGGCGCUGUUUGAAAAAAAUGCCGCCCCGAUACUUCACUUGUCUGGCAUGGACGUGACCGUGAUCAAGACAGACUAUGAGGGCCAAGCCAAGAAGCUCCUGGAGCUGAUGGAACACACCGAUGUGCUCAUUGUCGCCGGAGGGGACGGGACGCUGCAGGAGGUUGUCACUGGACUUCUCCGAAGAGUGGAUGAGGCCACCUUCAGCAAGACCCCCAUCGGCUUCAUCCCGCUGGGCCGGACCAGCACCUUGGGUCGCACCCUCUUCACUGAGAGUGGAAACCAAGUCCAACACAUCACAGAUGCCGCCCUCGCCAUUGUGAAGGGAGAAACGGUCCCGCUUGACGUCUUGCAGAUUAAGAGCGAGAAGGAGCAGCCUGUGUUCGCAAUGAGUGGCCUGCAGUGGGGCUCCUUCCGCGAUGCCAGCGUCAGAGUCGGCAAGUACUGGUAUCUCGGGCCCCUCAAAGCCAAGGCCGCCCACUUCUUCAGCACACUGAGGGCAUGGCCGCAGACACACCAGGCCUCAAUCUCCUACAUGGGACCCACAGAAAGACCCCCCAGCGAGCCAGAAGAGGCCGGCCCCCGGCCCUCACUGUACCGGAGGAUUCUGCGGCGCCUGGUGUCCUACUGGGUGCAGCCUCAGGAGGCCCCUUCCCGAGAGGCGCACCCUGAGCUCUGGAAGGACCUGCAGCUGUCCACCAUUGAGCUGUCCAUCAGCACGCGGAACCAGCAGCUCGACCUGGCGAGCACAGAGGACUUCAUGAACAUCUGCAUCGAGCCAGACACGGUCAGCAAAGGAGACUUUAUCACCAUCGGGAGCAAGAGGAUACGUGACCCAGCCCUGCAUGCCCCUGGCACCGAGUGUCUACAGGCCAGCAGGUGCACGCUGCAGCUGCCCGAGGCCUCAGGGAGCUCCUUCAGCAUUGACCGCGAGGAGUACGAGGCCAUGGCCGUGGAAGUGACGCUGCUGCCCCGGAAGCUGCACUUCUUUUGCGACCCCCGGAAGCGGGAGCAGGCACUGCAGCGGCCGGCUCCAGACAGGACUGACGCAGAGGGACCUGAGGUGGCUCCUUCACUCACCCAGGAGUGCGCGCUUGUCCACGCACCAGAGGUGACAGUGUCCGUCCCCGACCUUUCAUUUCCACAGAAGAGGCCCCAGGGUACUGUGCGCUGGGCCCAUGGCAGAGUGAAGACAGUGUGGCGGUGUGUGGAGAGCUCCGUCCUCCGUGAGGAUGCGGUGCCCACGGACAGUCGGGCGGCAGAAGGCGUCCACACCCGGUGCUGCCCAGCGCUGGUGGGUCUGUGCCUCCCUCCAAAGCCUCAGCAUUCACAGCGCGCCCUGAUCCUCACCGUCGGCUGCCGCAUUCGUCCCGUUGUCCUGUCACUGCAGAGGGACUCUGUUCAGCAAACGGCUCCAGGCACCACAGAGCUGCUGGUACCGGGCGAGUGCCACCGCCGGCCCACAGGCUGUGUACCCUGGGCAGCUCGAGUCCUGGGCUCCUUGGAAGAAAGACACUGGCAGCGGGGCUCUGCAUCACCACCAGACAAGACAGAGCCCACUUGGGGAGCAGGCCUGGACCGUCAGACAUUGGCAGCGGGGUCCCUGUCACCUCCAGACAAGACUCUUAGGUGCUGGAAACUGAAGACAGGAGUCGUCACUGGUGACUUUGCCCUUAACCCCAACUGCCAGGUCUCUGGCCCUCUGGCUGAGUUCAGCAGGGGCAGCUCUGCCACAGAGAUGUCUGGAGGAUCGGACCAAGUGGCCCCCUGA